ACCAAACGCUACCCUGAAUUCACCCCUUUUCAUGUCGAUCGAGGAAGGAAGGGUUCAGCCAGCUAGCCUUCUAGCUAGCCAUCCGUCCAGGAAGACGGGUCCAAUUCUCAGCUAGCUAGCUAGCUUGCUACUCAAAUCUUUAUAGUAGGAAAAUGGCGGCGGGUAACGUCAACCCGUUUAAUCUGAGUGAUUCUGAAGAUGAGGCAGAGCAGAGAGCAGAGGACGGUGUUCACAUCGAAAAGAGCCCUAGCGUUGGAACGCAAGGCCCCUCGUCCAACAACCCAUUCUCUCCGCCAGCGGACGCCGAGCCUCCGGCCCUUUUAGUGUCCAGCACCCGGACCAGCCCCAGUGUGGAAGGCAUCUCGGUAUCGGUCGCAGCUGCGGCUAUGACAGUUGCCUUGGCAGAGACCCGGGUCUCGGUAGAUGUGAUCGCUGCUCAGUUAAUACGGGAUCAUUACAUCCUCACGGCCCUUGAGUUUCAUACCGAACUGUUGGAAUCAGGGAGGGAGCUUCCGCGGUUGCGUGAUUAUUUCUCCAACCCGGGCAACUUCGAGAGGCAAACCGGCACUCCGCCCGCUUGUAAAGAACAAGGACUGGGACCAGGGGGACCGCUAAACCGAGCGGGCAGCAUCAGCACAUUGGACUCUCUAGACUUCGCUCGUUACUCUGACGACGGGAACCGGGAGUCGGACGAGAGGGUGGCAGUGCUGGAGUUUGAGCUACGGAAAGCCAAGGAGACCAUUCAGGCUCUACGCACCAACUUGACUCAGGCAGCAGAAAGCGACACUCAGGAGAGAAACAAGAACUACAGUUCACAUCCUGAGACUCAGGAACCUAUCCGCCCACUAGAGAAGCGAGCCUUAAAUUUCCUUGUGAAUGAAUAUUUAUUAAAGAAUGAAUACAAACUGUCGGCCAUCACGUUCUCUGAUGAAAAUGAUGACCAGGACUUUGAGUUGUGGGACGACGUGGGCCUGAACAUUCCAAAGCCUCCCGACCUAUUACAGAUCUACAGGAACUGUGGCUCCGCCCUUCCAUCGCCGCGGAAUACCGUGGACGUAGCCGUCGGAGUGGAGUCAAGCGAGCUCACUGGGAACUACAUUACCCAGAAAUCUGAUCUUUUACAGCAGCAGCAGACGGAGGUAGUUGAGGAGUUGGAGUAUCAGAUUAGUCUACUGAACGAGGAGAAACAGAGUCUGGCCGACUAUAUCAAGAAACUACAGAGUGAGAUCCAAAGCCUGAGAAGGACAGUGUCCCCCCCUCCUCAUGACCAGGGCUCACAGCCAAACCCCCCCUCCUCCACCCCUCCCCAGCCCCUUCUGGACAACGGUCAGUACCUGGAUAUCAGGGGCGCCUCAGAACCUGAUAAACCCCCCACUGAGAGCACCCCCCCCACUCAGACCAUCAGUAACCCUACACACACCUCUUCACAACCCCAUGCCAAGCUAAAGAGCAGAGGGACGGUGGUGUUUGACCAGCCCAACAGGAAGUUGUCCCCUGCAUUCCAGCAGGCCCUGCUGUCCUUCUGUAAGAUGUCAGCUGACAGUCGUCUGGGUGCAGAGGUGUCGAGGAUAGCAGACAAUGAGGAGAGUGUGAUGCUGAUGUUGGGUCGCUGUCUCCCUCACAUCGUCCCCAAUGUCCUCCUGGCCAAACGAGAGAGAAUGGUUGCACACCUGUGCCAGGAGUUGAUUCCUCUCAUCCUAUGUACAGCGUGUCUCCACCCGGAGCCUAAAGAGAGAGACCAGCUCCUCCACAUCCUCUUCAACCUCAUCAAGAGACCUGACGACGAACAGAGGCAGAUGAUCCUAACAGGUUGUGUGGCGUUUGCCAGACAUGUUGGUCCUACCAGAGUUGAGGCUGAACUCUUACCACAAUGCUGGGAACAGAUCAACCAUAAGUAUCCAGAGAGGAGGUUGCUGGUAGCAGAAGCCUGUGGAGCCUUAGCACCUUACCUGCCUAAGGAGAUCCGUAGCUCCCUGGUGUUGUCCAUGCUGCAGCAGAUGCUGGCUGAAGACAAGGCAGACAUGGUCAGAGAGGCUGUGGUCAAAAGCCUUGCUAUCAUCAUGGGAUACAUUGAUGACCCUGACAAGUACUCCCAGGGUUUCGAGCUGAUGUUGCUGUCCCUUGGUGACCCAUCCGAGAGGGUGGUCAGUGCUAUCCACCAGGUGUUCAUCCCAGCAUUCGCUGCCUGGACCACAGAGCUGGGAAACCUCCAGACCACUCUCAUCCCCUCUCUACUGGCCCGCAUAGAGAAACUUCUCAAGCAGGGAGAACAUGGUCUUGAUGAACACAAGCUCCACAUGUUCCUGUCUGCCCUACAGUCUCUCAUCCCUCCUCUGUUCUCUGUGGUGAUCCAGAACGCUCCCUUCACACACAGAGUUAACCUGCAAGGAGACAUUCCCCCCAUAGAGGUGACGCGGUUCCCUCGUCCGGCGUCUCCUCUGCAGGAUAUAGCGACUAUCGUUGGCAGCCGGGAGACGCUGAGCGCCCUUCUCAUCCUGUAUGAUUACCAGCUAGAACAUGAGGGCACCACAGGCUGGGACAGCCUGCUAUGGGUGGUCAACCAACUUCUUCCCCAGCUGAUAGACAUAGUAGGUCGUAUUAACGUAGCCUCCACUACGUGUGUCCAUGAGUUCUCACGUUUCUUCUGGAGACUCUGUCGCACAUUUGGCAAGAUCUUCACUAACACUAAGGUAAAACCACAGUUCCAAGAGAUUCUACGGCUCUCUGAAGAGAAUGUGGAUGCUUUAACUGGGAAUGGUAUUCUGACCAAGGCUACUGUCCCCAUUUAUGCUACAGGGGUACUGACAUGCUACAAUCAGGAUGAGGAUCGUAAGCUGCUUGUUGGUUUUCUAGAGGACGUCAUGACCACACUGUCUCUCUCACAUGCCCCCCUGGACAGUCUCAAAGCCUCCUUUGUAGAGCUGGGGGCUAACCCAGUGUACCAUGAGUUGUUACUGACAGUGCUAUGGUACGGAGUGGUCCAUACCUCCGCUCUAGUUCGCUGUACCGCCGCACGCAUGUUUGAGCUGCUGGUGAAGGGGGUGAAUGAGACGCUGGUGGCUCAGAGGGUGGUGCCUGCUCUCAUCACGCUCUCCAGCGACCCUGAGAUUUCAGUUAGGAUCUCUACUAUCCCUGCCUUUGGUACCAUCAUGGAGACGGUCACGCAAAAAGAGCUGUUGGAGCGUGUGAAGAUGCAGCUGGCAUCGUUCCUGGAGGACCCACAGUACCAGGACCAACACUCUCUACACAUGGAGAUCAUCAAGACCUUUGGCCGGGUCGGACCCAACGCUGAGCCACGCUUCAGAGACGAGUUUGUGCUGCCUCACCUCCACAAACUAGCGUUGGGUAACAACAUCCAGGCUACAGAGAGUAAGAGGAUAGACAUCGCUACUCAGCUGUUUGAGGCCUACAGCGCUCUCUCCUGUUGCUACACCGCCUGGUGUAGAAGACCUAGAGGGCAGGGAGCUCACCCACAGUCAUGUAUUGGGCCAUCCGCAUCACCCUAUGUAGAGCCUUGCAGUUCAAAGGGGGUGCAGUUGCCCGGCCAGGCGGUGAUGCAGCCGGGUCAAGAUGCUCUCGAUGGUGCAAGGAUCCAAGGGCCCAUGCCGAAUUUCUUCAAGUGCAUGAGGUUGAAGAGGCUGAAAAGCUAAAAGAGGACAAUAGUUCAUUAAGUGGUUUUUAAAUGUGUCCACCUAGCAGUAUGUACUUAAGACAUUUCAAGAACUGUCCCCACAGCAGAGUGUUGGCUUGGCUGGGGCUCAGGGGAGAGUGUUUUAUUUCACUUUUAUAGCUGUGACUCAGAAUACGUCUUUAGAAUAACAAGACCUGGGUCAAGACUAGGUUACUGUAGUCAGACUAGGUUACUGUAGUCAGACUAGGUUACUAUAGUCAGACUAGGUUACUGUAGUCAGACUAGGUUACUGUAGUCAGACUAGGUUACUGUAGGUUAAAAGUUCACUAUUUGGGGUUCUGGGCUGUAAUCGACCAACCCUGCCUCAGUCAGUGUGGUGUGUGUAUAUAUAUAGUACACUGAAUAAGUUGAAUACAUUUGCUGUAUGUGUAUUUAUGCGCUGGCGAGUUGAGAAAGGAAAAUGAACUCUCCAUUUUGGGGCCGUAUGCUGAUUACAGGGUUGAGUGGGCGGAGAGAGGGAGGGAGACAGAGAGAGACGGACCACAGCCCACAGAGAGGGAGAGCGAAAAUGAGAGAGACGGACAGUUACAGACCACAGUCUGCCUCAGAGAGACGGAGAAGCCAGAAGAGAAAAUGACAGAGGGAGAGCUGCCUCUAAGCCUUUGGUCAGAAUUCCCAGCAUAUGGCAUGUGCAUGCAUGCGUGCACGUUCCUCCCUAAAUGUGUUCCCAAAAUAGUGAGACUCCUCAAGGGCGUGUUUCGCAGCACUGCGACAUACCUCCCUAACCUCUCUAGUGACAUCCAUGCCACCUCACGCAGUCACUUACACCAGCUGGCUGAGGUUUGGUAAUGUGUGAGUAUCGCAGGCUAUACGUGGGGUCUCGUGUAGCUUUGGUCACGGUGGCUAAACUCCCCACUAUCAGAGCCUGGUACUGUGACACCAUCAGUGUGCAAUGAGGCAGUGGAAUUACUGUGGCCCUCUGGGUAAUGUAGUCAUAUAACCUCACUAAUCUUACUUGUUUUUAAACUGUGUUAGUGUCAUAAUAUUACUUAAUUCACAACGGUUCAGUUGACCAGUGUUCAGUAGUGUUUAACUCUGUGUUGGUGUUUGGUUGUUCAGUGUAGGUUAACUUUGUGUUCAGUUAUCCGGUCCUUGAUCUCCUG